AUCCGACAAUAUACAUACUGUCCAAUAACACAGUUCGCGCCAUUGCCUACGAAACGCCGUCCCGAACAAACUCUAAAACGAUCGAAGUCGCACCGCCUCGUCCUGCUCGCGCAAGCAUGCACCGUUCUCGUCGACGACCCUUCGCAGACAUCUUAAACCGCGUCCACGAUGCGCCGAAGUAGCCGGAAUCUCCCAUACAACGGUGAAGCAAGGUGUCAGGGGAUUGGAUAGGACCUCGGGAGAGACAGUUGCCGUCGCAGUCCGCUUACACAAUGAUUGAGCACGCUAAGCGCAAGGACCAAGGAAAGAAGAGAAGAGGGGUUGGAGAGACACACAGACAAGGAAGCCAGGGAGCUGGAGAUAUCAGUGAGGAGAAUAUGGACGGGUCUGCUGGUUGUUCGGGACAGGGAGAUGAGACACAACCUAACGGGCACACUACAAGAUGGAGGUUUUGCGACCGGGGCUGCGCUCGGCUUGGGCAGACAGACGAUGUCCUUUUCCUUGGGAAGGAGAUACAGACAGGGCUGGGACCAUACGAGGCAUCGCGGAAUAGGAGGAUUUACUCACUCCGAAUGUGAUGUUAUGGAGAGUUCUCAAGUGGGUCUGCCGGCAGGGGCUUAGGAAG